AUGAGUUCUGAGCCACCCGAGGAACCGCAAUAUCGUAACGAGCCCAGCAUCCUCUCUCCAGCAUCUCCCAGACCCAUCCACUUCCCCACUCCCACCAACAUCCCAGUGCUCGAGAUGCAACAUGACAUCGGCUUCAACCAGACCGAACCACACAUGACCGAUCCCGCCACGCGCAACACCGACGUCAGGCCAAACAUGUGGCGCGAUCCCAACGACCCGGAAGAAGAGCAGCCAGAGCACCAGCAGCACACCUCCGAGAUGCCAGACGCCGCUGUAGAACACGUGACGCCAUAUUCCACUGGAGCAGGGGACGUCACUGCCAUGGAGAUGGACACGCAAGAAGACGGCGGAGUAGCCGCGUCCGCAGAACAGCAAGCACAUAGCACUGAGCCUGCCUCUACGGAUGCUGCAGAAGCUCUCAAUCACUCGACGACACAAGAGCCUGAGCCAACCCAGUUUUCUACUUCUACCAACUCAGCCAACGACCAGGCGUCAGUCAGAGAUGGCUUUCCUCCUCCCACCCACAAUGCCACGGAGCCAUCUUCUGAUCCUAGUGUGCCCACCGCCGAUGCAACGUCUGCGCCCAUUACCCAAGAGUCUGUAUUACCGUCUGAUGCCCAGACACAACCCGGCGAAACAGCCGCUCAAGCCUUCAACCCCAGUUCUGUCGAUGUCCAGGCGCUGCUAGACACAUUGCAAAAUGCACCCUCCAAUGCCCAUGAUGCAGCUACUAGCGCCGCCCCUCCACAAGAUGGCAUGACUGCGCCCACCACCGAGUCUCCAUCAGUUGCCAACCAAACCCAGCAAGCCGUACCUUCCUUAAGCUCUCCAGUCUCGGCAAACGCUCUUGGUGCACCAGCAAGCGGCUUGCCACCACGCCCUCCACCGCAAGAGCAACCGCUCAUCAAUCCGAAUUAUGUUCACUCUCAGCAUAUCCGCGACUACCAUCCGCAUGCUGCCAACCCGGCCUUCCACCCACAUACGAAGAGUAGUAGCCAAGGCCAUGCAGCCGAUCCGCCGGGUAGGAACUAUGUCCCACCCGUACUUUCGCCAACGAGCGCCAAUGCCGGGACACCAGCCCAAUCGAUCCAGUCCGCCACGUACUCCGCGACCGCUCCAACGCAUGGCAACGGCCAGGCCGCAACGUAUCCGUCGCAUGCCCCUUUCGCUGGCUCUCCUGGCGUUAACAGCGCUUACUCUGGCGCGCCACAGUACGGCCACACCGGUACCUUGGCUCGGCCAGAAGACUUCACCACAAGCCGCCACGAGUUUUCGAGGCAUGAGGAUCGCCCUUGGGACGCCGAGGUGCAGAGGAAGUAUGAUCAGUUUAUUGAGGAGGAGAGGGCUUAUGUCAGUGAGGGCAGAUGGGAGCAGUUCCCGAAUGGUGCGAGGUUGUUUGUCGGCAACCUGAGUUCAGAAAAGGUUACCAAGAGAGACAUCUUUCAUGUUUUCCAUCCGUACGGCGAGCUCGCACAAAUUUCGAUCAAGCAGGCAUAUGGCUUCGUACAGUUCCUGCGCACCGAGGACUGUAUGAAGGCGCUCCACGCAGAGCAGGGUACACAGAUACGCGACAAGAGGAUCCAUCUCGAAGUCAGCAAGCCGCAGAAGAACCGCCCACAGCAGGGCACUCAACGCCGCUCGCGCUCUCCUCCUGACCUCGGCCGCGGAAGGCCGGGACAAAGCGUCGACCGCUACGUCUCAGGUGGACGAGGCAUCAACAGAAGAGAUGAUUACAGGCCCGGUGGCCAGCAGCCUUUCUCGCCGAGAGGAUACAAUGACCGCUACGAUGACAGGUAUCGCGCGCGCUCACGUUCGCCUGGCUUCGAUCGCGGCGGUGGGGGCAGAUAUCGGAGUCGGAGCCCGCCUUCACAAGAGCAGGACCAACUGCCUCUGCCGCGGCGUGCUCCGAGAGACGUGCCGGACGUGCAGAUCAUCGUCAUCGGAUCACUGGACCGUGACUUCAUUGCAUGGGUCGAGAGCGCAUUCAACUCACGCUCCGUGCGCGCCGAAGUUCUCCUGCUUUCACCCCGCCUCCCCGAAGAAGCAGUCAUACGCCGUCAGAUUGUGGAAGGAGUGGCCGCGGUGGUGAAGCUCGUACGUCAGAACCAGAACACCGGCAAGAUCGGCCUUCAAAUCUUCGAUCGCAGCAAAGGAGCCAGCAAUGUGGCAUUCGAAGAGUACGAUGGCCUGGACCCGCAGAUCGCCGUCGAGCUGGUACUGCGUGCGAAGACCACGAAAGCCGCUCCGGCUCCUCAGCAGGGGUACGGCGGAGGCUACGGCGCUCAACAGCAGCAGAGAUAUGGCGGCUACAACGCUCCAGCGCCCGCGUAUGGAGAUCGACAAGGCCCACCUCCGCAGCACCCGACUGGAUUGCCCCCAGGCUAUGCCCCGCAGCCGCCAAUGCCUCAAGGACCGCAGCCAGGAGUGCCGCCGAACCUGCAGAAUCUCAUCACGAACCUCGACCAGAACAAUCUGCAGAACUUGCUCUCGGCCAUGAACACGCCACAGAGCGCAGCCAAUGCAGCGAACCCGUACUCGGCUAAUGCGCAGGCGAGUGCGGUGCAAGCGCUGCAGCAGAAUCCGGCAGUUGCUGGGUAUCUGCAGCAGCAGCAACAGCAGCAGCAGGGAGGGCAGAGUGCCGGAGGUGCAGGGCAGCAGGUGAACAUGCAGGACAUUCUUGCGCGGUUGGGGAGUGGUGGAGGCUAUCAGCGUUAG